UGUAUUGAGCACCCAUACACUUCGGGAGACUAGGCACGCGACCUGGGGCUUGGCUCGCCAAUCAUAAAAUGUCUCGCGAGCGAGUCAUGCCACAAAUUACGCACGCAUUGUUGUGGUCGAGUCUCUCCGGGAGAACCUCGCAGGAUGCGCAGCUAAUCCUCCUCAGCGACGAAACCAACGAUGCGGCACCUCUAGUAGCCCACAACGCUGUUAAGCUUGCGCUGUGUGGAGGUAUUUCGGGCGCACUGGCGAAAACGUGCACGGCGCCACUCGCUCGCCUGACUAUCCUGUAUCAGGUGCAGGCUCUCGCAGCCGCCGCGCCAGCAACAGGCGCCGCGGGUGCGAGCCGGCAACUUGGCGUGAUGGCAGCGCUCCGGCAUGUGGUCACAACAGAGGGGCUAGCAUCUCUGUGGAAGGGCAACCUGGUCACCAUCAUGCACCGCAUUCCCUACUCCUCCACCAACUUCUGGGCCUACGAGUCCACCAAGCGGGCGCUGGAGGGGCGAGUGAGCAACGACGCGGCGCGGGCCUGGACCGCGGGCGCGGUGUCGGGGCUGGUGGCGUGCACGGCGGCGUACCCGCUGGACCUGCUGCGGACGCGCAUUGCAGCCGACACGGCGCCCGCGGCGCCCGGGUCGGGGCUGCGCUGGAUGCCGGCGCCUCGCUUCCUGACCCGCGGCCGCGUGCGGGCCGCCCUCAGCCGCAUCCUGGCGGAGCACGGCGUGCGGGGGCUGUACAAGGGCCUGGGUGCCACGCUGGUGCAGGUGGUGCCGGGCCUGGCCUUCAACUUCUGCUUCUAUGACACAUUCAAAAGGCUGGCGCUGCAGGCGCAGGCGCGGGCCGAGGCGGCGGUGAAGGCGGAGGCUGACGGCGGCAGCGGGAGUGGGGUUGGGAGCGGGAGUGGGGGUGGGAGGAGCGGGGGUAGUGAGCAGGCGCUGCCGUCGCCGUCGCCGCUGACGAGUGCCGCCAGCGCGUGUGCGGCGGGGCUGGUCACGUCCACGCUGACGUUCCCGCUGGAUGUGGUGCGGCGGAGGCUGCAGGUGUACGAGCGCGGCGCGCUGGGCGCCAUGCGGUACUGGGACGUGGUGGCGGCGGUGCGGCGCGAGGCGGGGCUGGCGGGCUUCUACAGGGGCAUCGGGCCCGAGUACAUGAAGGUGCUGCCAGGUAUGGCUAUUGCCUUCACCACCUACGAGGCACUCAAGCGUUUCACUGGCGCGGUGUGAGGGCGGAGGGGCGUCAGGUUGCCCGGAAUGCAUGUGCUUGCUGCUUCGUCGGUGCGCAUGCCAGGGACAUGCUAAGACGGGAAUGUAAAUAGUCUUCCUGAUUCAAUUGGCUGCGCCUCUUUCAUUGGAACGGGUCUUGCGUGUCACACUUAGUGUUCGUUGUUGUUACAGCUUAACUUUUUGUUCACUUGCCACUGACGUGUGGGGUCGGGCAUGGCAUGCGCACCUGCGCUUCACUGAGGCCUCGCCUGGAUGAAUGGUGCCGUAAAUUUAUCCGUUUAGACUGUUGAAUGCUGACACAUUGCUGUUUCUGCGGCUGCUGCUGUGUAGUUUUGAGCGGAAAGCCAGCUGAGACGUUGUAGGGCGUUUAGAGCGAGGUGUGAACUGCACGAUCAUCUGCAUUGCAGAUGCGGCACGGGCUUCAUGCGGAGGUCUGCAGACCCUGAUAGCGACAGCACGGCGGCCAAUAGAAUGAAUUCGUGGCUGUGAUGGGUACCGCAGGUUGCUGCAGGUGCUUCAGCGAAGGGCAUUGCCGCCUGCGUGGUCCUGUUGCUGCGGACUUGAGGAUGCAGUUGUCGAGGGGAUGGCGCACAGUGUGUGCGUGUGCGUGUGCAUGAUUGCAGAGCGAACACUGGAGGGACUGAGUGGAGAGACAGAGCGUUUCAUUACCUUCAUGGUCAAGCGUCGACACACGGGCGAACCUCGGGGCAAUUCAAGUGAGAACAUGAUGCGGAACGCACGGGCCCCAUGUCUUUGUCGAGGUGCCUGGAGUCACGCAGAAAGGAUGCAGGUGCUCACAACCCUAGCCUCAAUGCUGGCCUGGGCUUCAGGGUAGCACAUCUGCGUUAUGUCGGCGGUUUUGCGUCUUGCUUGCGCCACGAUGCCACGUGCCAUAUAUGGCACCAUAGGCCAGAGCGGUUCUGCAUCGAGGGGCGUCUUGUAACUUCAUUUGGUC